GAACCCAUACUGCUUCCUGGGAAAUACUCCCUCCAGUGCCAGUCCGUCCGUGGAUGUUCCGUCAUGUGAAACCGGGAUGAGCCGACUGAGGCCUCUUUUGUUUAUUAAUAUACUCUUCUAUGGUUUGGCUUGCGAAACAAAACAACACACAGAAACCGGCUUCUGCGAGGGGAGAAGCUGCCCAGAACAAGAGGCCCAACCAAAUCCGCAACUCGAGCAAGCAACGGUCCGUUCUUCUGGCAUGGAGUGGCGCUCGCAUGGGAAAGACAACAACGACUUGAUCUCGCAACUCAAGCGCAAUAAAAUCAUCAAGUCACCGCGAGUUGAGGAGGCAAUGAAAAAAGUCGAUCGUGGAAAUUAUUGUAGUUUUUCACCGUACAUGGAUUCACCCCAAGCGAUCGGUUAUGGCGUGACAAUAAGCGCUCCUCAUAUGCACGCCCACGCUUUGGAGAUGCUGAAAGAUCACUUGUAUGAAGGUGCCAAGGCCUUGGACGUUGGUUCAGGUAAUUUUAACUAUCGCACCUGUGCUGAAUGUAGUGGUUACCUCACUGCCUGCAUGGCAGAAAUGGUAGGAAAUAGUGGUAAAGUAAUUGGCAUUGAUCAUAUACCAGAACUUGUGGAGAAAUCAAAGCAAAACAUAAAGCGAGGAAAUGCUGAUCUUCUAGAAAGUGGAAGGGUCCUUCUUGUAACAGGGGAUGGAAGGCAAGGAUAUGCUGAUGAUGCUCCAUAUGAUGCAAUACAUGUAGGUGCUGCAGCACAUCCUAUCCCAGACGCUCUUAUACAUCAGCUAAAACCUGGCGGCAGGCUCUUCAUACCAGUAGGCCCCACUCAUGGCGACCAAUGGCUUGAACAGAUUGACAAGGAUAAAGAAGGAAACAUAGUGCGGCAAAAGUUGAUGGGUGUGCGUUAUGUACCUCUUACAGACAGAGAGCAACAACAUAGACCUUGAAACUUAGAAUUUAGCAGAAUUGAACUACAUUGUCUAUAUUAUCCACAUAUAGAUACAUGUAGUUAAGUAUGAAUUGUUGGACACUAGGAAACAUUGCAUAAAUUAUUGGAUGGUCCUCCACCUGUUAUGUCUGUAUCUGAAUUAUGACACAUUGCUUUGAAGAACAAUGCAUGAAAAUUCAAAUAAGGGCUGCAGAGAUCAGGGCUGAGGAGUAGUUUGGAACUGUGUUGUCAAGGCCCACAUGUCACAUUGUGUAGUUCCAGAAAAUAUCCACACUCCACCCACAGAAGGGAUUUGAAUUUUGUGGCAGGUAG